AUUGUACUUCUAUGGUCAUGGUUAUGUUAUUGUUAUGGUUUUGCUCUUUUUUGCUGAAUUGAAUUCGCGAUUUAAAAAGUAUUUUAUUGCAUUUUUAACUUAUAAUACAACUACCAAGAUGUGGAAAACAUUUACAAAUGAUGAUCAUAUUUAUAUGCUUAAAGUCGUUGACAGUGACAACAACUUUGAAAUAUAUUUAUCUGAUUUGAUGACAAUGUGGAAUUGUAUCCUUUCACAAGAAGCAUUAGUACAGAAAUUUCAGGAAUGCAAUCCAGCUAUUGAGCAAACACCAGAAGAAUAUAUUCAACAUGCUAAAAAUAUAUUAAAUGAAGUUGAAAACGCAGAAGUUGGCGUUAUAUGUGAUGAAGGACCAUGUAGUGUGCGAUUCUAUAUUAAAACACAUCUAGCAACUAAUUUCAAGUUUAAAUUAAAACUAGAACUAGAUUUUGCACAAGCAGAGGAAGAAUCAUUCACUGAAAAGAUGACUGUACCGUUAAUACAAACAAUAAUCCUAUUAGAAAAGCAACAGGAAAUGAUGAGAAACUUGCUAUUGAAAAAAGACAGGGAGUUGGAGGAAUAUAAAAUGGAAAAAGGAGAAAUAUCAAGAAGUGAUUUAAUUACAGAAAAAUUCAAUCCAGAAUCACUGAUAGCAUCAAGCAAGACAUUAAUGUUGAAUGUUUUCCAAAAUCGCGCUGAAGAUAUCAAAAGAAAAUACGGAGCAAUAGAAGAAAAAGUAGAAGAAGUUGAAGUGGAAUCAUGGAACAGUGUGAAAAGGAGAAGGAAAAUAUAUAACAAAGAAACUGCAAAUAGGACAAAAGAUGUUGAAAUUAAAUAUAAUGGUGGAACAAAUAUAAAACAGGAAAAUUAGGGUUUUGAUAUUUUUUCGAAUUAGAUUUUUAUGUUUAUAUUCAUUAAUUUGUUAAUAUUUUUUGGUGUAAUUAUCUAUAAAUUAUUUUUGCAAUUCA